AGGCAAGGAGUGACACAGACAUGUGACAUAACUUUGGCAAAACCUUUUGACAAUGGAAGACAAGAAAUGGAAAUGGGUGUGACGACGACCAUGACUCAACUUGAAACACUAACAAACAACUCCAACAUGAAGACCAGAACCUCCACCAAAAUCUCUGCAAAAUGGCUACCCAUUUUCUCUGUCUUUUCCUUCAUUCUUGGUGUGUUCAUCACAAGCAGGAUGUGGGAGCCUCAUGAUUCAAAUGGUUUGAUGAUUUCGCAGCUUCAGCGUGAUCAACAACUGCAAGUGAUCUCAGAGGACUGUGAUACUAAGAAUAAGCAGCAGCCUAAGGAUGAAAUGAAUGAAUUGUACAAAACCCAUGAAGCCAUUCAAGCUCUAGACAAGCAAGUUUCCAUGCUGCAGAUGGAAUUAGCAGCAGCUAGAAAUUCUCGUGGGACCAACAUCUCAGACUCAGAUGGCUCAGCCAACACUUCUGGGGAUGGCUCUCCCAGGAAGAAGGCAUUUGUAGUGAUAGGCAUAAAUACUGCUUUCAGUAGCAGGAAGCGGCGUGAUUCGGUUAGAGAGACUUGGAUGCCUCAAGGCGAGCAACUUCUUCAAUUGGAACGGGAGAAGGGAAUUGUUAUUAGAUUCAUGAUCGGGCACAGUGCAACUUCCAACAGCAUUCUUGAUCGAGCUAUUGAUUCUGAAGAAUCCCAGCACAAAGACUUCCUUCGCCUGGAACAUGUUGAAGGGUAUCAUGAGCUGUCUGCAAAAACAAAGAUUUUCUUUUCUACUGCAGUUGCAAAAUGGGAUGCUGAUUUCUAUGUCAAAGUGGAUGAUGAUGUCCAUGUCAAUUUAGGUGUCCUUGCAUCAACCCUUGCUCGGUAUCGUUCAAAACCCAGGGUCUACAUGGGGUGCAUGAAAUCUGGACCUGUCCUUUCUCGAAAGGAUGUCAAGUACCAUGAACCUGAAUUUUGGAAGUUUGGAGAAGAAGGGAACAAAUACUUCCGACAUGCAACUGGGCAGAUAUAUGCAGUUUCUAAGGAUUUGGCCACUUACAUUUCUAUCAACCAGCCGAUUUUGCAUAAAUACGCUAAUGAAGAUGUCUCACUCGGUUCAUGGUUGAUUGGUCUUGAAGUUGAGCAUAUUGAUGAGCGCAGUAUGUGCUGUGGAACUCCUCCAGAUUGUGAGUGGAAGGCACAGGCAGGUAACAUAUGCGUCGCAUCGUUUGAUUGGAGCUGCAGUGGAAUCUGCAAGUCUGUGGAGAAGAUUAAAUAUGUGCACUCAAAGUGUGGUGAAGGGGAUGGAGCUGUUUGGAGUGCUUUAUUGUAGAUUGGUUCAAAGGAAGAUAGUUUUUAUUUCUGGUUGGACGAGGGACUGACUGUUCAAUUGCAACUUGAACAAAGGCAAUUUUCAGAUUCGAGAAUGAGAAUUGUAAGCAGAUAGAUGUAUGACAUGGAAGAUCUCGUCGGCCAUUCAAAGCCAACCAACGAGGCCGGUUGGUUGAUCAUUUUUGUUGAAGCUGCUCGCGGAAGUUAAUGAUUGCAUGGAUAUUGAUUUAAGGAUAUAGAUCUGUUCACCAUUCCUUCAAGUCUUUUUUUGAUUGUGGAGGGAUAUGAGAACUCUACUUGGCGUAAUGUAACAUAGGACUAUUGUUUGUUUAUGAUUUGUAUGUUUCUUUUGUACACUGUUUUUGUUUGUAGUUGUGUGAGAUCGAUUUUGUAUUCUUUGUAAGGAAAAGCAUUGUAUUGAUAGUUCUGACUUCUGAUGAUAUGUUAAUGUUAUAUACUCUUAUUUUGAUGUAAUGAAAUGACAAACAUCAGAAGUGGCAAA